AUGGAGGUGGGGGGACGGACACCGCUCUCGGUGGCGACAAAUCUGGAGAAGAGAAAAGGUAAGACGAGAGUAGAUUGGAACAGUGACAACCACUUGGCCGGUGCAUGGAGGCGGGAGAUGAAAGGCGCUGCUCGGUGGCCGGCGGAGAUUAUCUUGGAAACGCACGAUUUUUUCACUGUGCGUCGCGGGCUUCACUUUAUUUGCCGGGCCGGAAACGCGGUUAACAACUGCACAUUUUUGAACCCAAACCCUCCAAAUGCUCCACCAAGAAAGUUAAGUCCACCACCACCGCCGCCCAACAAAGACUGCCAAUCAAACCCUCCACCACUCCCAACUCCACCCAAAACACCCACCUCCAUAACGCCCACCAUAGCCUCCUCCAGCCCUUCCCGCCAAUAUUGCCUGAACCAUCGCGUUAUUUCUGCUCACCCUCUGCUGAAUCGCCUGAACGAGCAUCUCAUUAUUCUGCCUGCUGCUGUUGAGCCCAAACCCCACCGUGGGGCCCACGGCAGCCGGAACACCAACCGCAUUAUUAUUCACCCCCGCACACUUCAAAUGGGCGUCGAACCCGCACGGGCCGCACCUGUAGAGCCAGCGGCCCGGCCCGCCCGGGCCCUUGCAUAUAUCGCAGCAGAAGCCGGAAAACUCACCAUAGGGCGACUCGAAAGCGAGCCUGAGCUCGUGCGGGUGGCGCGCGUCGAGCCCGCAGGUCUUGCAGUGGUAGCAGAAGGCCCGGCCCGUAAGGCCGCAGGCGUCGCAGUUGAAGAGGGCGUCGGGGUAGGCGGGCCUGGGAAGGAGGGUGAAGACGUGUUGGUUGUGGAAAGGGUGAGUGAUGUUGGGAGGGAAGUCGAGGCAUUUUUCGUGGAGGAAAAAGUUGCACGGGGCGCAUGA